AUGCUAGCACUCAUGAAGGCAGACGGUGCACCCGGAGUCGAAGGGAGCCAGUUAUCCCCAGCUGGAGAUGCCAAAACACAACUAGCGCAUGCUCAUUGUGUUGGAGCUUCAGAGCCCAUGAAGAUUUUUCUCUACCUGCAGUGUCACAUCCGUGCUGCAUCCCCAUGUCUAAAGAGAACAGGAUUUUCUAUCUCAGCCAGAAAUUGCUACUUAGUACACACCUGCACAGAGCUGUCUGCAGCAGUCUUGGGCUCUGUGGACCAGAUCCGCAUCAAGCCAGGGGCCAAGGCGCUCUACCUCAGGGCUGCCUUGGGUACCACGCUCUCCCAUGUCUCUGACAUCAUAGGCCAACAGGGUCUGGUCUGUGCAGUUGAGUUUUCCCACUGCCCCGGCUGUGACCUCAUUAAUUUGGCCAAGAAGAGAACCAACAUUAUUCCUGUCAUUGAAGAUGCUCAGCACUCACACAAAUACCACAAACUCAUUGCAAUGGUGGAUGUGAUCUUUGCCGACAUGGCCCAGCCAGACCAGACCCAGAUUGUAGCCCUGAAUGCCCACACCUUCCUAUGUGAUGGAGGACACUUUGUGAUUUCCAUUAAGCACAAUUGCAUUGACUUCACAGCCUCUCCCGAGGCCAUAUUUGUCUCUGGUAAAAAGAUGCAACAGGAGACAAUGAAGCCCCAGGAGCAGUUGACUUUAGAGCAAUAUGAAAAAGACCACCCUGUGGUCAUAGGUGUGUACAAGCCACACCCCAAUGUGAGCUGA